GUGAGGCGGGGGGCAAGAAGAGUGUGUGUGUUGGUGUGUGUGUGUGAGAGAGAGAGAGAGAGAGAGAGAGAGAGAAGCGAGGCAGAGCGCAGAGGUACAGCCACAAGCCAGGGGUGGGAAGUCAAUCCCACCGGGCCCCCUCAGAGUUGUCGUGUGUCUGCGAGCGGACGGAGGCAGUCAGUUGAGGGUGGGAGAAAGAGAAGAGAAGAGAAGAAGAAGGAGGAGAGAUCCGCUUCCACCGUCUUGAGUGGCCGGAGGGAGAGCCUGGAUGGUGUGAUCUCCUCCACCAUGGGAUGCAGCCUCUGUACCCUGCAGAAGCCCGAGGAGCAUUAUAAACUACUCUAUGAAGUCUGCCAGGUCAAUGGCAAGGACCUCUCCAAGGCCACCCACGACCAGGCGGUGGAGGCCUUCCGCACCGCCAAGGAGCCCAUCGUGGUCCAGGUUCUGCGCCGGGCCCCGCAUCCCAAAGUGGUCGGCCCGGCUGGUGACGCCCAGGUCUCGGACACCAGCACGCAGACCGACAUCACCCUCCAGCACAUCAUGGCCCUGACGAAGCUCUCCCCCUCUUCACCCCCCAUGACGGAGCUGGAGGAGUAUCUGCUCCCAGAGGAGCAUCCUCCACAUGCAUACUUUGACCCCAACGACUUCCUGGAGGUCAUGCAGCAGGACAUAGAGCGCGAGGAGCUGGAAUAUGAGGAAGUGGAUUUAUACCGAGCCCAUAUCCGGGACAAGCUCGGCCUGACGAUCUGUUACAGGACUGAUGACGAGGACGAGGCUGGGAUCUACAUUAGUGAGAUCGAUCCAAACAGCAUUGCUGCGAGGGACGGCAGAAUCAGAGAAGGGGACAAAAUCAUUCAGAUCAAUGGCAUUGAGAUCCAGAACCGGGAGGAUGCUGUCGCGCUGCUGACCAGUGAGGGGAACCAGAACGUCUCUCUGCUGGUGGCCAGACCAGAGAUCCAGCUGGACGAGGGCUGGAUGGAUGAUGACAGGAACGACUUCCUGGAUGACCUCCACAUGGACAUGCUGGAGCAGCAGCACCAUCAGGCCAUGCAGUUCACCGCCAGCAUGCUGCAGCAGAAGAAGCACGAGGAGGACGGGGGCACCACGGACACGGCCACGCUGCUGUCCAACCACCACGAGAAGGACAGCGGCGUCGGUCGCACCGACGAGAGCACGCGGAACGACGAGAGCUCCGAGCAGGAGAACCUCGGCGACGACCAGACCACGGCCUCCAACACGCUGGGCAGCUGCCGAAAGCUCACCUACAGCCAGGACACCCUGGGCAGCGGCGACCUGCCCUUCGGCGGCGAGUCGUUCACCUCCGCGGACUACGCCGACGCCGACUUCCUGGGCAUCCCGGCCGACGAGUGCGAGCGCUUCAGGGAGCUCCUGGAGCUGAAGUGCCAGAUGCGGAACAGCGGGGCCCAGGGUCUCUACUACCAGGGCGUCGGGGCGGGAGGUCAGGACCAAGAGGGCGUGGACAAGGAGCUGGAGAUGCUCAACGAGGAGCUGCGCACCAUCGAGCUGGAGUGCUUGAAUAUCGUGCGCGCGCACAAGAUGCAGCAGCUGAGGGAGCAGUGCCGCGAGUCCUGGAUGCUCCACGACAGCGGCUUCCGCAACUACAACACCAGCAGCGACGCGGGCCGCCAUGAGCUCUCCGACAUCACGGAGCUGCCGGAGAAAUCGGACAAAGACAGCUCCAGCGCGUACAACACUGGCGAGAGCUGCCGCAGCACCCCUCUCACGUUGGAGCUGUCUCCAGACAACUCGCUCCAUCGGGGAGCGGAGAAUCAGGGUCCGGCCGGAGCGUCGGGCUCUAACGGCAGGGUCCUCAAACCUCUGCUGCCCCCCGUCCAAGAAGCCUGCGGCCCCAGCCGGAGCCGAGGCUCCACCAAGGAUCCAGAGGGAGCGCCGCAGGCAGAGAGCAAUGAGCGGAAGCCACAUUCGCCGUACAAGCAUGCCCACAUCCCCGCCCACGCCCAGCACUACCAGAGCUACAUGCAGCUGAUCCAGCAGAAGUCCGCCGUGGAGUACGCCCAGAGCCAGAUGAGCCUGGUCAGCAUGUGCCGGGACCCCAUCGGCCGCGGCGACCUGGAGCCCAAGAUGGAGUGGAAGGUGAAGAUCCGCAGCGACGGCACGCGCUACAUCACCAAGCGGCCGGUGCGGGACAAGCUGCUGAGGGAGCGCGCCCUGCGCAUCCACGCCGAGCGCAGCGGCAUGACCACGGACGACGACGCCAUCAGCGAGCUGAAGAUGGGCCGCUACUGGAGCAAGGAGGAGAGGAAGCAGCACGCCGUCCGCUCCAAAGAGCAGAGGCAGCGCCGCGAGUUCAUGAAGCAGAGCCGGGCGGACUGUCUGAAGGAGCAGUCGGGCCCGGAGGACAGGAAGGAGCCCAACAUCAUCGAACUCAGCCACAAAAAGAUGAUGAAAAAGAGAAGUAAGAAAAUAUUUGACAACUGGAUGACCAUCCAGGAACUGUUGACCCACGGUGCCAAGUCACCAGACGGCACAAGGGUUUACAACUCCCUCCUGUCUGUGACCACAGUGUGAGUCCUGUUCUGGGUUCAGGUGGGCGGGCCAAGCCAGAGGAGGCCGGACUGGGGUGUAACGGACUGUAUAUAGGACGCUACCAGUUGGGGGUAGAGAUUCCUGCCUCGUUCAAUGUGGCAACAUUUUGUAAAUAGGAAAUGAGGAGAGCUUUUCUUGGACGAACAUUUUUCCACCGCCGCGGUGAAGAGAAGGUCUUUUUAUAACGACGCGAAUGGGACACGGCUUUGAGGAUGAUUUUGAGAAAAGCUUAUUUUUUCUUGUUUAUCACAUUUUUUUCAAUAACAUUUUCUACCUUUUUGUGCUUGCUCUUUUUGAAUAUUGUUUUGGAAUCAGAAACACAAUA